CAUACUUCCCCAUGUGUUCACAGCCUUAGAGAACAUCGUGGAGUGAAUACCUUACAAUAGACGAGGGAAGGCUAUAAAUCCUCAAGUUAGGACUCAUUCUGCUAUUGCCACCUGUUUCUGAACUUUUAGCGUCCCACCCCGGCUUUUUGCACCUGACAGGACCUCUCUGCUUCUACCCUCCAGAUCUUCACAUUCCCCCUCCCUUGCCCAACUCUGCAACUCGAAGCCUCCAGAUCUUAAAUCUACACACCAUGUAGGCUGGGGAGUGGGGGUUGGAGGUUCUGAAUUACAAAGUUGAGAAAAAGCUCUACCUAUAUCUAGGAGGGGCCACCAGAACAGACUGUGUAUCCUGGGCUGUUCCCUGCCUGGACGCUGCACAACUGCUUGACGGGUUCCCUCCGCGCGACCACUCCUGCGCUCCCAGCCUCCUCGCUCUACCGCGCACUCGCAGCUCCCUAGCGACACCAGCCACCAAGCUGGUGGAAAGAGUAGGGGUGUGCAAGUGGGAGGCUUCUCCCUCGGGAACCUGGGAGAUCCCUGCCGCUAGCAGGGGCCUUGGCACCGCCCGCGCGGGGACCCACGCUUCCAUCCAGCGCCUUCCCAACUUCGCAGUGCCUUCAGGCCAAGGCGGUCAGGAUGGAUCUGUCACCCCGCAACCGGCCGCUACUGGACUCGUCGUCGCUGGACAGCGGUUCUCUGACCUCACUGGACUCCAGUGUCUUCUGUAGCGAGGGCGAAGGGGAACCCUUGGCUCUGGGGGACUGCUUUACAGUCAACGUGGGCGGCAGCCGCUUCGUGCUCUCGCAGCAAGCUCUGUCCUGCUUCCCUCACACGCGCCUGGGCAAGCUGGCCGUAGUGGUGGCCUCCUACCGCCGCCUGGGUGCCCUGGCUGCCGCCCCCAGCCCCCUGGAGCUUUGCGAUGAUGCCAAUCCGGUGGACAAUGAGUACUUCUUCGACCGCAGCUCUCAGGCGUUCCGUUAUGUCCUGCACUACUACCGCACUGGCCGCCUGCAUGUCAUGGAGCAGCUCUGUGCGCUCUCCUUUCUUCAGGAGAUCCAGUACUGGGGCAUCGAUGAACUCAGCAUUGACUCCUGCUGCAGGGACAGAUACUUCAGAAGGAAGGAGCUGAGUGAAACUCUUGACUUUAAGAAGGACACAGAUGACCAGGAAAGUCAACAUGAGAGUGAACAGGACUUCUCAAAAGGACCUUGUCCCACUGUCCGACAAAAGCUCUGGGAUAUUCUGGAGAAACCUGGAUCUUCCACAGCAGCCCGGAUCUUUGGUGUAAUCUCCAUCAUUUUUGUGGCGGUGUCUAUCGUCAACAUGGCCCUUAUGUCAGCUGAGCUAAGUUGGCUCAACCUACAGCUGCUGGAGAUCUUGGAGUAUGUGUGCAUUAGCUGGUUCACCGGGGAGUUCAUUCUGCGCUUCCUGUGUGUGAAAGACAGGUGCCACUUCCUGAGGAAGGUCCCAAACAUCAUAGACCUCCUUGCCAUCUUGCCCUUCUACAUAACUCUUCUGGUGGAAAGCCUGAGCGGCAGCCACACCACACAAGAGCUGGAAAAUGUGGGUCGUCUGGUCCAGGUUUUGAGGCUCCUCAGAGCUCUGCGCAUGCUAAAACUGGGAAGGCAUUCUACAGGACUGCGCUCACUUGGGAUGACAAUCACCCAGUGCUAUGAAGAAGUUGGCCUACUGCUCCUGUUUCUAUCUGUGGGAAUUUCUAUAUUUUCAACAAUAGAAUACUUUGCAGAGCAAAGCAUUCCUGAUACAACCUUCACAAGUGUUCCUUGUGCAUGGUGGUGGGCCACAACAUCCAUGACUACAGUAGGAUAUGGGGACAUUAGACCAGACACCACCACAGGCAAAAUUGUGGCCUUCAUGUGUAUUCUAUCAGGAAUCCUUGUCUUGGCCUUGCCUAUUGCCAUUAUUAAUGAUCGAUUCUCUGCUUGCUACUUCACCUUGAAACUCAAGGAAGCAGCUGUGAGACAGCGUGAAGCUCUCAAGAAACUUACCAAGAAUAUAGCCACUGACUCAUAUAUUAGUGUUAACUUGAGGGAUGUCUAUGCCCGUAGCAUCAUGGAGAUGCUUCGAUUAAAGGGCAGGGAGAGAGCAAGUACUAGAAGCAGUGGUGGAGAUGAUUUCUGGUUUUAAGUUUACCUUCAACUUAUUUACAAAACCUCUGUACAUUUGACUGGAUUGAUGAAGCCUUGCUGCUAUGGAUAUCUGUAUAUUGAUGAUGACUUUCUUGAGCACUUCUCAUCUUCUUUCUGGUGUAUUGAUAUCCUAGAAUAUUUAACAUCUUCUAUAGCAACUACUGAUUAUUUUGACACACAUCUUCAAUAUAGCCAAUUAAUACAACCAAAAUCAACUGGGAAAGGAAACACGUAUCUGAGUUUUCAAAUAUCAAUUAAUAUAAUUUCAUACAUCAAAAUUUAAAGAUUCGUGUGUCAUUAUUCUUGGGCUUUCAGCAGCACUGUAGUUUGUUUUUAAUGGAAGUUGAACUCCAUAGUCCAGAGGGGUGGGAGAAUAACUCAACAUUUAAAAACACACUGAAGAUAUUUUUGCCAUUUAAAGAUAUUCUCCAAAUAAGUUACUUCUUUCUCUAUCAAGUAAAGCCACUGAGUAUAAAGAUAAGCUUUGCAAUCAAACACUUAAGCUUAGUAGCUGUAGUGAGAACCUCAUCUUCCAUCAAGUACAAGUCACUGGGUCCAAUUGGACGGAGGUCUGCCCUCCAUCAGUCCAGCUGCAAGAGGAAGCCUCAAACCGAAGAGUGUAGUAGGUGAGACUUCAAGUGCCUAGGCAGCUUCAUCUUCCCAGCUAAGUGUGAUGUGUGAAGAAGAGUGCAGCACAGCUCUCUAGGAAAAUUAAAUGAUUUAUAAAACAUCUCAUUAUAGAUGAAUUAUUUAAGCUGUGCUUUCAAAAUCAUGAAUAUGUAAAACUAAAGUAGUAAAGAUCCUAAAUUUACUCAUCAAAAAGAUUAGAUAGUCUUUUCCUAAGUGGAAAUAUGUUGGAUGACAUCAUUAGAUGAACUUGAAGAUCUUUUUAUUUGUUAAAAAAAAUAUUGUGAGAAGCUUUCUGACUGUUGAGGUAAAUAACAAAUGUUUAGAUGUCGCAGGCACUUCUUUGGUAUUUAUAAUAAUACUACAAUGCCUAGACAUUGUGAUAUAUAAUUAAACCAAAAAAUUUUAAAGCAAAUAAAAGCCCUGCUUCUAAAUAUUAUAGAAAGUAAUAUUUUCAAAAGCUUAACAAAGGAUUCCCUUAUUGCCUAAUUUCUUGAUAUAUGCAAUAAAGUUCCUAAAAAAAUAAAUAAAACUGGCUCUGGAAUAUAAAUAUUACUCUUCCUAUUUAUAAAAACAAAUAUACAUGAAAUGCAUAUGCAUACAUGCAGAAUAACUGCAAUAUCAAAACUUCACUGAGACUAAAAUUAGCAAAAACACUUAGAUGGUAAUAAGUAUUGAAUAACAGUUGCCUUUGAAUCCUGUAAUGCAAACCCCAAACCACAACACAUGGAAAGCUAAACCAGAAGACACAUAAACCUGUGGCCAAUUCGACUGCAUAGCACAUUCUAGGUCUGGUUAAUCCGAAGAGCAAGUUCAAGAACACCUCAAGGAAUGGUAAGAUCCUGUCUCAAAAAGUAAAGAAGAUAAUCCUUUGUCUUAAUAUAUGGCUUUAUAAUUUUUAAUGUUCUGUUUAAUGUGUGCCUACGUAUUUCACCAACUGUAUUUAAGGCAUCUUACUAUAUUACAAACAACCAAGCAGCAACAAUGGUGCCAAUCAUUUUGAUGAUAUCACGGAUUCUAAGUACAUUCCUAAUUUAGAUAUGUAAAAUCAUAAUAUUUACCACAGAAACAAGGUAAUACCUCCUGUUUUCAUAUAUGCAUGCUUAAAAUCUGAUGAAAUUUCCAUGGCAUGAGUUUUUUUAGAAAAUAUAAUUUUUCUACUUUUAUUGUGAAUCAGAAUACAUCAUCCAUUCUGAUUAUGGUUUCACAUCUCUCAACUCCUAUGAGAUCUUUCCCAUCUCCCCUCACAUCGAAAUUCCCACCUUUUUUGUCCCUCCCUUAGAAAACACAGAUAUCUAAAUAAUAAAAAUAAUUAUAAAUAAUAAUAAUAAUAUAAAAUAAGAUUUAGAACAAAAAAAAGAAGAAGAAAAGAGGGGGUAAAGCACAGGAAACACAUAUAGAAGAGACACACACAUUUGCACACACACUUGCACACACAGGAAUCCACUAAAAACUCAAAGAUUGAUGCCAUAAUAGAUACACAAAGGACCUGUAAGGCUACAAUGAAUAAAAAUAAAUAAAAAAUACUUCACAAGGUAUUAUGUGACAAAGAACCUCAGAAGAUGCCUCUAAGUUUGUUUUGUCUUGGCUGUCUACUGCUUAUGAUUGUGUUUGUAUUCCUAGUAGUAGAUAAUGAAUGGAGAAAACUAAUAUUUCAUCUAUGAGUUGUUAUAAACUGGAGAUACCUUCCAAGUUAGAGAUGGGUGUGUGUGUUAAAUUCUCCUCUUGGCUCUGGAACUCCAUCUGGUGCAGAGCCAGGCAAAACUCUGUGUACACUGCCACAGUUUCUAGGUGUUCAUUUGUGCAUUGUUCUUGCUGUGCUUCCCUCUCUUCCCUCUGAUUCUCACAAUCUCCCUGAUUCUUAUUCCACAGGAUUCUGUAAGCCUGGAAGAAAGAGGUAUGAUGGAGACAGUCCAUUUAGGACUGAGUGUAUCAAAGUCUCUUGCACUAUGAACAUUGUCUAGCUGUAUCUUUGUAUUUGUUUCAAUGUACUACAAGAAGGGAUUUCUCUGAUGAUGACUGAACAAGGCACAAAAUUUUGAAUAUAGCAAAAUGUUAAAAAUCAUUUUGUUUUGCUAUAUUCCUUUAGUAGAACAGUAGUAUUUGGUAUUCCCCUUAGGUUUCUGGGCUAUUGACCUCUGGUUAUUUACCCUCAAGUAGUGUUAGGAAUGGGUUUCAUCUCAUGGAGUAGGUCUUAAUUGAAAUCAAAUAUGGUUGGUGUGGUAGUUUGAAUAAAAGUGAACCCAAUAGGUUCAUAGGGAGUGGCACUAUGACCUUCAUAGGAGGUAUAACCUUCAUGAAGUGAGUGUAGCCUUGUCAUAGAAAAUGUGUCACUGGAGAUAGACUUUGGGGUCUCAGUAGCUUAAUCCAGGUCUAGUGACUCACUGUCUCUUCCUGCUACUUGCGGAUCAAUAUGUACAACUCUCAACUACCUCGCCAGUACCAUGUCUGCCUGCAUGCCAGCAUUUUCUCCUCAU